AUGAGGCUCAUCACUCUGUGGAGCUUCACAGCUUGGUCCAUGGCCACUGUCGUGAUCGUGCGCGCAUCAACCCUACCCAUCGCAGCGAAACCUCUUACAGCAUCGGUGCCCACCAUCAGCAAGCUUGAACAGCGGGACCCUGUUCCAGCCGCGUAUUUACGAGACCUUGUGCAGCCCGAUGUGGAGCAUCUAGACGUCCUGCAAGACGAUGCCUCCCCUGCACAACCCAGCUCCGGCGAUGUUCAGUCUCAUUCUGCAACAACGAACGCCUCCGAGUCCCCGAAAGCUUCUAAGCCUGCUAGAGGCAUGGUCAAGACCCGCAGACAGUCAAGUCCGCUGCCUUUGGACGACGCCGCUUCUGACCAAUACACGCGCAUGCAGACCACCCACACUGAUGGCAGCUCCGCACCCAGCACUGGCUACCACACGCUCGAGAAGCGUCACUCUUUUAACGGGCGAGGAACCUACGUGAGUGCAAGCUUCUCUCUCUUUUUUGAGGACGCCGACUUGGAAACUCGAUUGACCCAUGACGUGCCUUGCGACAGUAUCAACCCGAUCGUGGAGCUUGCGGAUGGGUCAACUCUGCUGAUGAUAGCAUCGUCGCAAUCAGCGUCCAUCAGUGGGACGGAGGCAGCCAUUGCGGCGAGAACAUCAGAGGUAAGCCAGACGAAAGCCGCGGAAGCUUGGUUUCUGCGUGCACUCAUACUACCCUGUCCAAUGCAAAGUCUGCCACGACGGCCGCUGCAUUUCCGUCCAGGUCGUCGACAUGUGCCCUUCCUGCCGUGAGUCUCAAUGGGCGACGAGGCGAGCUGGCAGCAUUCAAGGUUGCUAACAUCCUAGGAUCCCUUCUUUGAUCAGACGUUGGGUCGCUUGACUUCAGUCCAAGCGCCUUCUCGCAGCUCGCGCCCAAGAGUGAAGGAGUGAUUGGGAUUGGGUGAGCUGCUUUGCGGCCUCUGCAGCAGCAUCCGCCGCAACCUUGCACCUGUGUUCACAUCUUUCCUCUUUCCGUGUCCGCUUCAGAUGGGACUACAACUGA